AUGGGCUUACCGUUUUCGAUCAUUGAGCACUGCAAAGUGAAGACGGACGACUUUUUCCUAGCUUUUCUACCGAUUGAUGUGGACUACCUACGGGAAGGACGACUCGACGAGCUGGUCUCUCAAACAGGCUUCUUAAUAUGGCGCGCUCAGACGACGAUCGGCUAUAAGGGGGUUUGCGCGAAAGAGGUAUCUCCUCGUUUCGAUCCUAAUAUUGUAGGGAGUUGGUUGAAUGAAUGCCAAUCAAGUCAUGUCAUCUGCCAGUCACAUCACUCGUCUUACCAGCCCGAUAACUUGAUCGACUGUCAGACGCGACAGAUCAUCUCUGUUCAGUCCCUCGAAACACCGCCCACGUAUAUCGCCCUGAGUUACGUGUGGGGCAAAAGCAACAAGCAAGCAGCCAAUAUCGACGCUGAAUCUGUGUUGCCAGCGACGGCGGUACCGGUGAUAGAGGAUACUUUGGAAGUCGCGGUGUCCUUGGGAUACCGCUAUGUUUGGAUAGACAAGUACUGCGUAGACCAGCGCGACGGUUGGAAGAAGCAUGAGCAGAUCAUGCACAUGGAUUCGAUAUACUCGAAUGCUGCGCUUACAAUUGUAGCCGCGGCGGGGGAAGACGAGUCACAUGGGCUUCCUGGGGUCGGUAAAGAUCGUAAAGGGAAGAAGGCACCCUUUCAACACGACAACUUCUCGGUAUCCUGGGUGCCGCCGAGCCCCCGCCGCGAGAUCUUAGGCUCCCGCUGGGCGACUAGGGGCUGGACUUUCCAAGAAGCAGUAUUAUCACCAAGGUGCCUAGUGUUCACGCAGUACCAGAUGUAUUUCGAGUGCCGGACCGCGUGUUGCUACGAGAGUCUUAACAUCAACAUUCAAAAAGCCCCGAACGAUAUCCUGCCCUGGUUGUUUGAGUUCAUGAAACCGCGGCUAUUCGUGGGGGACCAGGGUAACGAGCCUGGGCAGCAUCACCCGCACACCACCAAACGUGACAGAUUUAUGGCCUAUGUGGAAUGCGCGGAAAAGUACUCGCGGAGGACAUUGAGCUACGACGAGGACUCACUUAACGCCUUCGCUGGCAUGAUCAAAAGAUUCGAGGCCACCGAUCGCCUGCCCGUCCGUCACAUCUGGGGGGUUCCCUUCUUCGACCCCCGCGACGACACGUCCCCAUCCGACAUUGUAGACUACGUGGGUUUCCUGAUGGCCGGUCUAUCAUGGUGGCACGACGGCGAGCAGCGAGAGCCGCGCAGGAGGAAAGGGUUCCCCUCCUGGUCCUGGACCGGCUGGGAAGGCGGCAUCACGUGGCCCCGCGCCGUCCACGACUUCGAGAUCCAGGCGCCGGCGGACUACAUGCUGGCCAGCAUCCAGCUGUCGUUCGAGGACGGGUCCACGCGCUCGAUACCCGACGUCCGGGACAACCGGCCGGGCGCAGACAAGCUGGGACAGUACCCGAAGGCACUCCUGGUGCAGACGGUGGCAGUCCCGGGCAAGUUCUUGUCCAUGCAGAGGGGCCUCAUCUGCAUCCUGGACAAGGCCGCGACGUGGCGCCCCAGCAAGCCGGGCGUCGAGGAAAGCAAGGUGGUUCAGAACGUACAGAGUGGUGCGUACAAGGCUCUUCGGCUGGGCUCCCUAGGCGAUGCAGGGUUCGUCCUUGUGGUGAAGAAGCGCAAAGGCUCGUUCUACCGUGUAGGUAUACUCGAGCUGCGCAAAGAAUAUCUGGCCGUGGAAGAGUUGCAUCGGUUGAAGUUUCAAACUUUCAAGUUGAAGUGA